GAGAAAUACACCGGGGGAAAAGAUGAAAAGGAGACCUGCGGCAGAGCAGACCAAAGGUGAGCAGUCAUCACCAGCUUCUACAGAGGAACGGCCACUGGAACCAGUCUGCCAUCCAAAGAUGUCACAACUGGAAAAGGCCAUGGAAACACUUAUUGAAGUCUUCCACACAUAUUCCGCCCGGGAAGGUGACAAGCACAAGUUGAGCAAGAAGGAACUGAAGGAUCUUCUACAGAACGAGCUUGCAGAGUAUCUUGAGGAGCAGAAAGACGCCACCUCCGUGGACAAGAUCCUGAAGGAACUGGACGAGAACGGAGAUGGAGAGGUGGACUUUCAGGAGUUUGUCAUCUUGGUGGCCUCUCUGACCGUGGCCUGCAACACCUUCUUCUGCGAGAGCAGCUGAGCCACUCCGACUGCUCAUUACACCGGCCCGGAGCCUCUUGU